AUGGAUGCUCAGAUUUUAUUCGUUUUCAAAGUUGGUCACAGUGUGUAUCGAAGACGGAAUCCAACACCGAACAAGACACACCACUGGCGCUGUACAGUAGAAAGUUGGAGCGAUCAAUAUCCACUCUCUGAAUUUGUUAAUAACGUCAUAUUCCAACUCCAUGAAACCUUCAAAAAUCCAAGGCAGGUUGUGCACAAGGAACCCUUUACCAUUGAAGAAGAUGGAUUUGGUAGCUUUCGCCUGUUUGCAAGGGUGUCCUUUUUGAACGUGUUUACUGACCUACACUAUGACAUCACCUUGUUCGAUAACCGUGAGCUUCACGCUUUUCGAACGGUACGUCUCGAUCCAAAAAGCGGUGACGAAUGGAUUCGCUAUUCUCAAUAUGGUGGUGUUUCCCUAUUUUACUUCCAACAGAUUCCCAUUCCUAAAUCUGCUUCUUCUUUGGAGAUUCUCCAGAAGGUUGUGGAACCUAUCCAGAUGUCGGGCUCAAAGUGUAACUAUACGGUCUCUUCCUUCUACCCUGAAAUAGCUGUAGCGGUUUUGGGCCCGUCAGUUCGAAUGUCCGGUCUCAAAUACGCCUCACCCAGCUUGCUGCGAAACCGGCCGAAUCGUGAAUCACGCACUCAAGCCCUGGCCAAUCUUGGUCUUCCUGACGCCUCAAACCCGCCUUCAUUGCCUCCCGUGGGUGUUCUGGCUCAUCCGCCUAGCCAUCUGCCCUCUUCCUUUAAGCACAAGAAGAAGCUCCAGCUGAAACACGAAGCACAGUUGCGUUUGGAGAAUCAGCACCAUAGAGAACCUGACAGCCCUCCGCAGACCCCAACAUCUUCGUCACUGCACAUGUCGGCACCACCCCCACUGCCACUAUUGCCACCUCCCACUAACUCUUCCCCUUCCUCUCAGUCUGCGCAGAAAGAACGCAUUGUUCUCCGACUUUUUCGUUCUGAUCUUCAAGGGAGCGCGGAGAAAGAGAAGCAAAAGAAGAAUGGAGGGAAACACAAGCACCGCCAUCGUCACCAUCAUCAAACCGAGCUUGAUCAACAGCAGCAGCAGCGAUCCCGACCAGAGGUAUGGUCGUCAACCAGCGGUCCAACUUCUCGCACUGUGUCUUCACAACUUCAACAUGCCUCGUUGGCAUUGCUUGAAAUUGUGGGGGAGAGAAAUCGACUACACCAAUCCUCUCCUUCAUCCAAACUCGAUGUGGAAAGCACUUCUUGCUCCUUGUUCCCGCCCGGUGAAGCUCCAGUGACGAAGGUUUCAUCUGUCAUCGAGCGUCAGAAGUCUUUUGACGCGCAGCAUGCUACGAUGGUUUGGAUUUCCAAGCUCAAUGGCGGACCUCAACCCCUCGUUUCCCCCCUGCCUCUGCACUUCAGUCCACGCCCUUCCCAAUCGUCACCGCUACCACAAACACUGUCGUCAGAGCAGCAACAACAGCAACAGAAAUUCUCCUUUGAGAAGGUGGGGAAGGUGUCCAAAGGGGAACGAAGCAAGGAAGGCAAACACUAUUAUCGAAAUCAGGAGCAGGGGAUCUCAAAACACGACUCUUCUCCCUCCCCGACUCCUACUUCGACGAGACAGAGUGCUCACGACCACAUGUCCUUAAGAGAUCUGAAACGCAGAUCUGACUGCACUGACGUUGACAGUAGCAGCAGCAGUAGUAGGAAGAUUCUCAGAGAGAAGAAACAUGAACAUAUGGAGAGUGUGAAGUCGUGCCGUCCUCAGGCACCAGAUCACUUAUCACCCAUGCGUUCCACUGUCUCCUCGGAUUCCACACCGCCGAUGUCCGGAGAAGCACCUGUUACAGACUGCCCGACCGCCGCCCCUCCCGCCUCCCCCGGCACAACCACAGGUACCGGUGACGAGGCCUAUCUGGACAAUGAGGAGUUGGAGCUAUUGUACGAUCGCAUCCUCCGUCUGGAGAAUGAGUGCAUGGCUCUCCGGAUGGCGGAGGUAUUGCGACGCUACUUCAGGCCUGGAGAGGAUUGCGGGGUUGAUGUACUCUCUCCAUCCGACGAGCUACCCGACUACCCGCAAAUCAUCGCCUUCGACAUGCGCAAAAUGCCUAUGGCGUGCAUCUUAGAGAUGACUCAGGUGAUUUCGGCUGAUGAAAGGAUGUCAGCGGACCGCCGUGCUUCCGCCGUUACUCGUGGUAUGACCUGGCUGCCCAGUAGAUGUCACCUACUUCUGGUCUUUCUGAUGGAACAGUCAGGAGAUGGUGGAAGAGAAGAGACUAGCGUGAACGAGGAUUGUGGUGUUGACAUGGGCGUCAGCCAGCUCACCGUCCUCUUUUCCCCUCCCUCCGCUCCAGUAUUACCGGGGAACUCGGCUACUGAUAAGCAAUCUACCCCCGCGCAAUUUCGUGUUUUGUAG